GUUGUCAACACGAUAAGGGAGCGUUCUUGUUGCAGUGUAUUAUAUAAAAAAAAUACUUUUAAUUAAUCAUAAUGUGCACUAAAAAGGUUAAAAGACUUAUAAAUGGCACGGUUAUAUAGCAUUUGAAGGUUUUGUGAAGAAAUUGGUGUGCAACAUAAAGAUGCAUAGUUUAAGUUUCGACACAAAAACAAACAAUAAAGACGGGGGUGAUGUUCUGGUGUCUGUAGCUACUUUGAUUACGGAAAGUCGGAUUCCCGGCAAUUUGAAAGCGAAAUCCAAGAAAUUCUACGAAGGCCCACAUUGUACGCUCAUCAAAGGGACAAGCAAGGGCCACAGAUGCGAUUUGAAUAAUUCUCUGUGUUUGAAAUUCGAGAAUGACCGUAAAACUGUCUUAAACCUGUAUCAGAAGAGUUUACCAUUGUGCAUUGAGGUUCUCUUGACAUGUGCCUGCACCAAGCUUAACGGUGUCGUGGCCCAUACAUCGGACAAUACUUUUGUCUUGGAACAGUGGCAUUUCAACAUAAGUAUUAAAAGAAGUCUCGAACCGUUAUUUUUCAACCUGAAUCAGUUAGUGAGCGCGAUUCGCUCCCAGUUAUAUUUCUCCCAAAUAACCGCCUGGCUCUCGACGCAAGACGAGAACUCGUCCAUCAACAUCACCGAAGACAACUUCCGUUACCUCGUAACCGUACCAGGUAAAACCUUUACAAAGUUUCAAUUAUCGGCAACUAAACACGAAUUCCCCUCAACCGACAUCGGCAACGGUCUCACGUUAAAUGUUUCCUUCUUCAGUUUACCUCGAACCGCCAACAUUCCUAACAUAAUUUGUUCAAAUUGUUCGUCCAAAGACAAUCCCAUGGAUCUGAAGAAUGGCUUAGUCGACGACAGGAUGCACACGUCUUGCACGCUGAAGGGCAAGCACCGCUGCGAGGAUUUCGAGGAGUACGACGUCAAGAUAGAGAACAAACUGGCCAACAUAAAACGCUUGUGCCAGAACAACGCGAAAUGCGCCAAAAACAACGCGUGCGAGGCGUCCACCUCGAAACACCCCAAGCUGAAGGUUAACGUCGAGAAGUACAACAUAUUCAAUCUCUCGAAGAACGACCAGAAAAACGAGAAACGCAACAUCAGCCCCAACCUUGAGCAGAAGCAGAAGAGCGCGAAGCUGGACGGGUGGCACGAGGGUUUUGGCAACCGCCAUAACAAGAAUGAUCUCAGUAAGAAGCUGGACAAGGGCCAGCUGCUGUUGGACGCGAUAGAGCGUUGCGGGCGAAAUAGUACAAACGGGACGACAGGAUACGACACAUGUGCAAAAAAGAGUGAAAGUGAUAAUGCUAAUUGUGAUAAGAGCGAAAGUGAUAUUUUUAGUAUUAAGAAGAGGAAUAAUUUUAAUAUAUAUGUAGAUAAUCAUUGUGAUAGUCCUAUUCCAAUAACCCGGAAGCAGAUCAGAGAUCUUUCUAACGUCGAUAUCACGAAACUGAAGCCCGACAGGAGGGCCAAAGUCAGACAGAAGCUUACGUUCGACGACGUCGACCGCUCGGCGUCAUCCGAAACUUGCGAUAGAAGCUCGUCGGGGAUAAGGUCGAAGGAGGGUACGGUGGGGGUACCGAGUCCCUCGGAACAAGCCAAGUUCAGAAAGAAUCUGGACAAUGCGGCUUCGAUGGUGUUCCAUUCUAGGACGGGUUUGCCGCUUACCAGCAGUCCCGCUCCGGUUAGAAGAGGGAAAUCCUGUUUCGAUUUUGAUUCGUCGCUUAACUCCGUAUCAGCCAUAAAAAGUGCUUUGUUCUCGAGCAGCUUUUCGACAGACGACGAGAGCGAAAGCGAGGGAAGCAUAGUGUCUCCUUGCAGUCCAGAGACCUACGCCCUUCCCCAGAGCGACGUGUCCCCCAUCAAAUACCGUAGAAAAGGACACGCAGCAAACUUAUUAGGAAGCUUCGAGGAGUCAGUUUUAAACGGCCGUCUAGAACCCGUCUCUACCGUCCACGGUUUCACAGCGGAGUUGGGUGCGAGCGGAUCCUUCGUACCUAAACACCUCGCUGUUCCAGUUACAGUAUUCUUUUAUACGUUGGGCGACAACGAUAAAGUCUCGUCUCCAUAUCUUGGACAUAUAAACCUCGGAAAGAAGGGUUAUAAUGUUCCAAAGUCGGGAACGGUGCAGGUGACGUUAUUCAAUCCCCUGCGAACUGUCGUGAAGAUGUUCGUCAUCAUGUAUGAUCUCUCUGAUAUGCCGCCAAAUUCGCAAACGUUCAUCCGCCAACGCACCCUAUACAUGCCUACGAAUUGCAAGGACACCAACCUGGAAUGGGGCCCAAAGUGGCUGAGAUAUUUAAUUCAUUUAAGAUUUAUGAGUUCAAAAUCGGGUAAGAUAUACCUGCACAGCGACAUAAGGAUGAUAAUUUUCCGCAAGUGCGACAUGGACACCGCGACGGCUCACGGGAUAGACAUGAGCUACGAGUUGCGCAGCUUCACGCACGCGCCCACCAAUCCCCGGUUCUCGCCGAGGAAGUAACCAGACGUCAACAUACUAGAAGUCAAUACAGAAAAUCGAGGAACAUCUUCGUCCAAGUACAUCCUUCAUCACAUUUGCCGUCGCCUGUUCGGCUGUUUCAUGCAGAGAUAAUACAUUUCCUUGUUAGCUCGAGGUCUAGGAACUACUGGGUGUUGUUGUAUCCGUCUCGCCAAAUGUACCGUGUAUGUGUCGCAACUAACCUUAAAUAUAUGUAUUUUUUUGACGUAAAGUAUCUCGUUGUACGUCGUUUCCUUCGAUAGCUAUGCAGGGUGUCCGGGAGGUGCAACCGAGGAAUUUAGGGAGUCGUUUUACUCAAAGUAAGUUUUUCCAUUACGAUGUCAUUACUUUUUUUUCAGUGAAGCGAUUUUUUUCCAAUUUGUUAUACAUGUCAUUGGUAAGAAACUGCACCUAAGAAAAAUACUACACCAGAAUUCUGAAGCCUUGCAGGUUUUAGAUGACACUUAUUGGCUAGAAAAUUGAUUGUAACUGUUAUUUUACAUUUUUGUUUUAAUUUUGCAGAAUAGCCAAAUCUUUAGUAAAUUUUACAAAAACAUUCUGUUUCAAAUCAGUAACAAGAUAUUAACGUGUUUAAAAAAAUUGCACUAAAUGCUUUAUGAUUAUGUUUCCCGUUCAAAUUUUCUUGGAUUUUUCAAAAUUUUAGUUGCAACUUAUCAAAAAACAUUAAAAAUCUCACAUUUCUUAAUUUUACAACAAUUUUAUCAUGCAGGACUCAAAUUUGCCGGUCCCUUUGCGUUUAUGCUUAUUUAUUCUCGUUUCUCGAGCCUUCCAUAGCACUAGAUUGGAUUUUAUUUUUACCCUCAAACAGCUGCCUCAAAUCUGGAUUGUUAUUUGUUUUUUUAAGUCGUUUUUUUGCAGUUUUUGACUCUUGACUGAUCCGUUCCUUAAUCAAUUCAAGUAUGUACUUGCCGGUUCAUUUUGUAGUCCAAAAUGCAUUCGUAAGUAUUCGACAUAUUAAAAAUGGUAAAUUGAGAUUUAAUGGGAUUCAGUUGUAGCCUUCAUUUGUUUAACUGGUAUUCAGUACGAGAUAUGAGAUUGCUGCGUCAUUUAUUUACUGUUAUCUGUAUUUUGCCGUUUUCAAGAAAUUUUCUGUCUCUAAAACCUUCAACUUGUGCAAAAGUUCAUUUCAUGGUCCAAAAUACAUUCCGAAGUAUUCGACAUCCAUUAUGGACGUAAAAAUCGUUGGAAACACGGACUUCAGUGCACGAUUAAAAAUUGUAAGUUGAGAUUUAAUGGAAUUCAGUUCUAGCCUUCAUUUGUUUGACUGGUAUUCAGUAUGAGAUAUGAACGAUCGUAAAUCAGCGAAAAUUUUUGUUGGGGGCUAGAUUGCUGCGUCAUUUGCAUGUUAUAAAUAGUAUAUUUUAUUUUCCUUCUAGUGUAAAUCUUUCGAAGCUAUUAUUUACUUUUAUCCAUAUUUUUCUGCUUUCAAGAAAUUUUCUGUGUCUAUAAAUCUUUCAACUUGCGCGAAGGUCAUUUCGUUGUCCAAGUGCAUUUCAAAGUAUUCGACAUCCAUUGUCGAUGUAAGUGUGUGACGGGCCAAGGAAAUCGUUGGAGAUGGGGACUUCAGUGCACGAUUAAAAAUUGUAAAUUGAGAUUUAAUGGGAUUCAGUUGUAGCCUUAAUUUGUUUAAUCGGUAUUCAGUACGAAAUAUGGACGAUUCUAAAUUAGCGAAAAUUUUUGUUGGGAGCUAUAUUGCUCAUUUGCAUGUUAUAAAUAGUACAUUUUAUUUAUGUUCCACUGUAAAUCUUUCAAGCUAUUAUUUACUUUUAUCCAUAUUUUUCUGUUUUCAAGAAAUUUUCUGUCUCUAAAACUUUCAACUUGUGGAAAAGUUCAUUUCGCAGUCCAAAAUGCAUUAUAAGGAAUUCAAUAUACAUUGCUGACAUACGUGAAAAUUGUGGAAGAUAUGGGCUGCAGACUUUUUUUUUGUUCCUCGCACCAAUGUAAAUCUUUCGGAAUGGCCAUUAUUUACUUUUCAUUCUUUUCGGUUUUCAAGAAAUCUCUCCUGAUCAGAUGUAUUGUCCGGAGUGUUUAAAACUUGUAACUUGUACAAAAGGCUAUCGAAGGCUUUUUAACAUUGAGAAAAAUGCCUGUUUUUGUGUGCAAGUAUGUUGCAUUUUGCAGAUUGAAAGUGAGAACAGAUGUAUCGUUGCACUUUUCCAUCAAAAAAUGUACUGAAAGAUUAGAAUUUUGAAUUUUUAGGCUGGUCUCCAAAUAUUGAUUUUUUCUCGGUACCAGUUAAAUUCUACUUAAUUAUAUCUAAAGAAUCUUUCUGUAACAUUUUUUAAUGACCGUCAAUAUUAAGGUGCUUAGUUUUUUGAAAAAUCAAAUGAAAAAAGUUAUGAUAAAUAUUUUGUUACAGAAUUUUGAUGCUCUUUUUCUCAUAAAUGCUGUUUGCCACCAAUAAUAAACGUGUUAAAUUUGAAAAAAAUCGCAUGACGAAAAAAAUUCUAACCAUAUUUUAAUUAAAAAAAUUUAUGCAACUUUGUCAAUGUCGAGUUAUUUUUACGACUGUAAAAUUUGUAGCUCACUAUUUCUGGACACUCCGUAUAGGAAUAAAUUUGUUCCAAUAUUCCCAAAGCACUUAUCCCAGGAAUUUAAAAUUUCCAUUUUUCUUAUCCCAAACGCUGAUUUUACCGAAGUAAGCGAACGGCAUCGAUUCGUUUGCUUAUUUUUCCUCUUAAACUAAUGCCGAUCCCUUUCGUCAUGUUCUAAACUGAAUUUUAAGGUUAAUUGUGUACAACACGUAGAGUGUUGUAGGGUAGAUACACAGUAUUAACACAUUAAUGUUUUCAGCGCUGGCAACUUAAGCGACACUUUUCAUUAAGCACAAACGAGUGUCGUUUGUCGAGAAUGUUGUUUUGUUAGUGUAAUAAUAAGUACAUCAUGAUUUUUUUUUUACUUUUUUUAUAAGUUAAAAAAAAGUUACCAUUUUAAUUCAGUUACAGUUACAAUACUUAUUCGAUUAUUCAAUAGAUGGAAAGCAAGGGGUUUCCGUUUUAUGUGGAUAUUUAUUUGGAAGGUCUAGUAUGUUUAACCCCUUAAACGAUUUAUUUUUCCGGCAAAAUUUUGACGUUAUUGUGAAUCGUAGCUAAGAUCGUGGAUUAGGACAAUGUGUUGUGAUAAAUUAAAAAAGUUAUAUGAUA